AUGGAAUUCAAUGUCUCCUCGUUUUACGACGGCGAAGAAUCCGGCAAGCAACUUAACAGCACUGCUCUCGAACAAGACGAAAAUGAACAAAAAGAAUGGAAGCUGUCGCCCAUUACUGCGGAAGAGAGGCGCGUUAAAACCUCCAUUUUUCAAAGAAGCUCCCAUCUCCAGUCCAGCAAUUUCAAAUCGCCCCUGAGAGCAGUAAAUAGCACGGAUCCUUCGACUUCUGGUUAUGACUCUAAAAACACAACAGCUUGCACACCACAACAGUCUUCUUCAUCCGACCCAAAGUUGUCUAUGUCAGCUGAACUCUCUUCUUUCGUUGCUAACAACAGUCCCAACCCGUUCGAUUCCAUCCUCCUCAACUCUCUUCACAAAUCCAUCAAUUUCAGUCCACGGCUAAUUUUAUCAUCGCAAGAAUCGGGUAGUCAGCAGAAAGGUGGUGAAAAGUUCCAAUGGAGUGUAGAGCAAUUGGCAAUUCUCAAGCCGGCUCACAUUUCAGAAGACGAAAUUGCCGCUAGUUAUCGUUCACCAAUUCCAGAAAUCGAAGAAAAAAUACAAGAGGCUCUGAACGAGUACUGGUCAAACAACGUUAGUUAUAUCCCAUCUCCAGAUGGUCCUCGUUUCGUUAAUUUGACACAUCGCGACGGAACAGUUACAACGAUUCGAUAUGGAGAAGAAGCAGCAUCUUCCGAAGGAAAUACACCAUCACUAGCCAACAUUGUUCGGAGGAAAGAAGCCGUGAAAGCUGCAUAUGCUACGUCGUCACCGAAGCAAAGGCCAAGAAAGAAUCUUCGUCAAGUGCGGAAUCGUGUCUGCCAAACAGAACUUACGAUCCCUCCAGGCCUGGAUCUCGAUCUGAAAAAGUUACUGGGAGAAAACUUUGUGUAUCAGGAUCAAGAGGCCGAGGACGAAGAAGUGUUCAACAUCUCCGUGUGUUCGAACUUCUCCACUCGUCGGCGACUGUUCUCCAAUGGCGGACAACAAGAAGAUGGAGCAGAAGAUGCCGCGAAUUCAUCGAUAAUUUCUACAGAUGAUCUUCUGAUGAAUGAAUCUUCCGCACAGCCAUUUAAUGAUUCGUUAUCCCCUGUUCGCCGUUCCGUCGAUGUCACUGAAGACAUUGAAGACACAACGGAUAACUUGGAUCAGGAGAAUGCUUCGACGUCAGCAACACGUUCACAUGCUUCCCAAAUAGCAAUUAACAUCUCGAUUCUCAAUGAUUGCAUGAUGAACUCAAUUGAUGAAGCGGAAAACGAAGAGAUUGAUGAAGAGAAAUUAGAGGAAACUGAAGAGCGUUCGGAGGAAAUAAGACGAAACAUUUUCUCGGAUUCGCACUUACAUGCCAACGAAUACGAAAUACUCGAUCGUUCAUCUUCUUCUAACGCAACACCGCGCCACGAAGAUCUCGACUGGACACCUCGUCGAUUUACUGGUUCCGUUCCCAGUUCAGUAGUACGAGAACCCACUUCAUCGGGAACUUUCGGUUCUGGUGGAGCCGCUCCGCAAGAUUUCCGGCGAUUCGUUUUCGAUAUGUCUCCGAUACAUCCGAAUCACAAUGUCCCGGCGGCACUGCGAACACCAAUUCAACGGUGUCAUAUGAAUCUGCCGCAAGGCCGAUUGGACUUGAAUGACGAUGAAGAAGAUAGCAUUGAUGGGUCCAAAUGA